AUCAAAACUCAAACCGCGAUCGUUCUUCAGCACUCGCACAUGCGAUUUCGUAAACAAACCAACUAAACGUGUUAUUGUAAAGUUUUAAGUGGAAAUAAUGAAGAAUAAUCCUAAAAUGCCGGCUGUUGGCAAAAAAACUAAAGUGAAGACUGGUAAAGUUGAACGUGUUGGUCAGAAGCCCCUAAUUUUAUCGAAUAGAAGCAACAAGCCGAAGAAACCUUCCGGCGAUCGGAACGAAAAAGGCAUUAUCUACAUGAAACAUCUUCCACAUGGCUUCUUCGAGAACCAGUUGAGAGCAUUCUUCUCCCAGUUUGGCCAUGUCACUCGUGUUCACGUAGCCCGAUCAAAGAGAACUCUCCGCAGUCGAGGAUAUGCCUACGUUGAAUUCCUUUACCGGGAAGUGGCCCAGAUUGCGGCCGAAACCAUGAAUAACUAUUUGAUGUUCGGUAAGCUAUUGAAGACGGGUGUUCUGCCAGCUGGUGCCAAGCGAAUUCCACGGAAGUAUGAGAAAGCAUAUGAUGCCAAUGGGAAGGAAACGACAACUUACAAUCUGUGGCUUAAGAAACAGGUUGUGAAAAGCAAUGCACGAGUCACGAAAACGAAGGUGGUCAAUCGGAACCUGCGAGCGCUGGGAAAACUUAAGAAGCUAAAGGAAAAGUACGCCAAAAUGGGAAUCGAGUACAAUGUGGAUGAAAUUGUCCCAGUAUUUGGGGAAGACGAACUGAAGAUGCCAGAACAUGACGCAGAAGAGGAGGAAAUCCGCGCCAAAAAGGUUCAGAAGAAAGCCAAGCAGCAGCAAAAGGUGGAAAAAGUGGACGAGAGCGCCAUAGCAAGUGAAGACUCUUCCGACGAUGACGAAGAAGCUGGGUUUAUGUCGUUAGAAUCAGCAGAUUGGGAUGUUCCGAUGUCCGAUGAUGACGAAAGUAGCGACGAUGAGGAAGAAGACCAGGAAAAUAAACCGAGCAAGAAUCAGACCAAGUCCGCCGCGGUUGAUUUCGCCAAAAAGACCAAGGUUCGCAUUGAUAAGGAAAAACAGACUCAGAAGGGCCCUCGACCGUCGGUUUUGAAGGCUCCCAGUUCAACGGACGCUUCUCCAGAGAAACCGAUUUCGAAGAAAAAGGUCGCAAAGGCAGUCAGUGGACCCAUUUCGCCUGCACAACCAGAAUCGAGUCCAGAAAAAGCGAAAAAAGGUCCCAAGAGUAAAGUACAACCGGCAAAGGCACCGAAAAGCCAGAAAGCACCUGCUGGAGGAGUGACCAAGAAACCGAACGUCAAGAAGGAUAAACCCAAGGAACAGAAGAAAGCCACCAGUUCCGUGAAGAGUGCCGCCAAAGCUUUGCUGAAAGACCCCAGCGUGAAAAAGGCUCAGGCGAAGAAUAUCAACAAGAAAAAGAAGAAGUAGUAUAAGUUUAAUAAAUAAUGUAUCUUGUUCUUAAAGAUAUGAAAUAGGUACUAUUUAAAA